GCUUCCUACCUUAUCGUUACGCCUUUCCCGUUUAUCGUUUCUUCUGUCAAGCACAACCUUGACGUCUCAUCUACCGUGUACAGCUGCAAGCCGCAAAAAAGUCAAGACUCAAAACACACACCCAUCUUGGACACGUCUACUGCGUAACCUUGUCACCUAUUCACUCCCCCGAUUUGCCAAGCUUCCCGCCCACUUUGUCACUCAAUAUCCAGCAUAUCUUCGAUCAAGGUAUAUCGCAAAGUACCUUACCUACUUUAUGUAGGUACCUGGCCCAAAGUGCCUAUCUCUCUACAAGGCACACCCCGCAGCUUUUGUUGAUACCAGGUAACAGAAGAUACCUCACAUCCAAUCCACCCUCCCCAAAGCCCUCCAUGCAAGUCCUCCUCCCACACUCUGCUCAACUGUUGCAUUCCUUCGUGCCGUCACUAACACUUGUGGCCCUACUUUAGCUCAUGACGGACACGAUACGAAUACCUGACUGGCCCCAUCUCCCCAGACAAAGUCCAAGACAGGAAGUCGCCCAACGGAUGCGUUUCGGUCCUCACUUCUUCGGCCCAUCCACUCGUCGUCCCGUUCGGUCGGAGCUAUUUUCCCACCACCGUUCCGCGCCCGCGUUGCAUCCCUCCACUCCUCCCACCCCAGUCCUCGGACAGUCAACGGGGGUCGCUUGGUAAGAGGUACCUCGCCCUCUCUCUCUCUCUCUCUCUCAGUCUCAGUCCCCAGGUCUCUCUCGUUCGUCCGUUGCGGAGAUACGUCCAGAUCUUCCAGUAUCCCAUCCAGUAUCCAUCCAUCCUCCUCCAGGCUUGGUCGUCUUUCCGGUACAUACAUCCACGCUCCCCUCCCUUGGCACGCAUUCCACCCGCCACAAAAGUAUAACUUAACGCUGCCUCCUAGCACACACCUCUUUAACCCUUCCCUCUUCUUUUUCCCUUCUCUUCUUCAUCACCACCCCCAAGCUCUAAGCUUGCCCGUUCUCUAUUAACAGACUUCUUUCCAGAUCGAUAUCUGCAGGGCUUUACCGAAAGCACCAACACACACCACCCAAACCCCCCAAGCGCGCGUUUUAAGCCGUUACCUACCGAUAUCCGAUGGGAGAACCCGAAGCCGUCAGGCAUGGUGAACACAACACAGCUGCCGCGGAAGUGAAUCCCGAGCAGGACGAGCCGCCGUCUAUACCGCGGCCCCCGCCCAUUCCCAACCCGGUCCCUCAGCGACCUGCCCAUUCGGUUCCUGUCACGGACAUAGGUCUCCUCUGGCAAACCGACCUUGAAAAUGGUCUCUCAAAGGCCGAUGCUGCCGCCCGUCUUGAACGGGACGGGCCUAAUCGUAUCGAGGGCGCAAAGGGCCUAUCCGUUUGGGAGAUUGUCAUGAGACAAAUCUCCAACAGUCUGACCUUGGUUCUUGUCAUUGUCAUGAUUCUGUCCUUUGCUAUCCAAGAUUACAUUGAAGGAGGUGUCAUCACCGCCGUUAUCCUUCUUAACAUCGUCGUGGGCUUUGUCCAGGACUACAAUGCCGAACAGACUAUCCAGAGUUUGUACGCGCUGUCCGCCCCGACGUGCAAGGUCGUCCGCGACGGAAUCGCGGAGACCAUCAAAGCCGAGACUCUGGUCAAGGGUGACCUUGUCAUGAUCGCCGUCGGCGAUGUCGUCCCAGCCGACCUUCGUCUCCUCGAGGGAAUUAACCUCUCCAUUGACGAGGCCCUACUCACCGGCGAGUCCCUGCCCAUCAGCAAGCACCCUGAGGCACUCUUCGAGGAGGCUGAUAUUCCCCUCGGCGACCGCAUCAACAUGGUGUACUCGGCUACCACCGUCACUCGAGGACGCGCUCGCGGUAUCGUCACCACCACUGGUAUGGAAACCGAGGUGGGCAAGAUCGCCAUGAUGCUUCGCACUACUCGUAAGAGAGACGAGAAUGCCUCACUCCCCGCCCGCGCUCUCGCGCGUUUCAAGGCUGCCAUGAAGAGCAUCCUUGGUCUCGAGGGCACUCCGCUUCAGGUCAAGCUUAGCAAGUUUGCUCUUCUGUUGUUCGGUCUGGCUAUCCUUCUGGCCAUCAUUGUCUUCGCGGUCAGCAAGUUCGACAUUGAUGACCAGGUUCUCAUUUACGGUAUCUGCGUCGGUGUCGCCGUCAUUCCCGAGUCCCUUAUCGCCGUCCUCACCAUCACUAUGGCUGUUGGUACCAAAGCAAUGGCGUCUGGAAACGUCAUUGUUCGCAAGCUCUCCUCUCUCGAAGCCGUUGGUGGUGUCACCAACAUCUGCUCCGACAAGACAGGUACGCUCACGCAGGGACGAAUGAUUACCAGGAAGAUCUGGCUGGCCGAAGAUAUGACCGCCAUUAUAGAGGGCACUACCGACCCCUACGACCCGACCAGCGGCAAAGUGCGCUGGCCUGGAUCGACCGCAUCAAGCUCGGGCUCUAGUGGAGCGUCGACUCCGACGGUUGAGAAGUCUGACGAUACUAUCAUCUCUUCAUCCUUUGGUGCCUUCCUCAAGGCUAUUGCCCUGUGCAACAACUCCGCUGUUACCGAUGGCAAGGCCUCGACCGAUACUGAGUCUAUGACCACCGCUACUGAGGUGCCGGUUUCAUGGACCGCCAUUGGCGAGCCCACCGAGAUUGCCCUUCAGGUCUUUGCUAUGCGAUAUGGAAAGGGAAAGACAGACCUCAUCUCGUCCGAAAAGACCAAGAUGUUGUACGAGUUCCCUUUUGACUCCACCUGCAAGCUCAUGAGUGUCGUUUACGAGUUCCCUGGCGCUCCCCGCCAGGUCUUUACCAAGGGUGCCGUCGAAGUCAUGGUUGAGAGAUUGGCCGAGUCGGACGACGUCAAGCAGAGGAUCGCGGCCAAGGCUGACGAGCUGGCCUCAGAGGGUCUCAGAGUCCUCUGCGUUGCUCAACGAUUCCUCGAAGACGCUGACAACGCUAGCGAGAGAAACGUAACGGAGUGCAAGCUCCGUUUCCUCGGUCUUGCUGGCCUGUACGACCCCCCUCGUGUCGAGACUCUCGGAGCCGUCAAGAAGUGCAACACGGCUGGUAUCUCAGUCCACAUGGUUACUGGAGAUCACAUUAAGACUGCUACUGCCAUUGCUCAUGAGGUCGGUAUCCUGCGUGGCGGCGAGCCGUCUACUGCAGUCAUGGCCGCUGGACAAUUCGACGCCAUGACCGACGCCGAAGUUGACGCUCUCGAAGCCCUCCCUCUUGUGGUUGCUCGAUGCAGUCCUAUGACCAAGGUCAGAAUGCUCGAGGCCAUGCAUCGUCGCAAGGCCUACUGCAUCAUGACUGGUGACGGUGUCAACGAUUCCCCUGCUCUCAAGAAAGCCGAUGUUGGUAUUGCCAUGGGCAAGAGAGGCAGUGACGUUUCCAAAGAGGCAGCGGACAUGGUUCUUACUGAUGACAACUUUGCUUCCAUCGUUACCGCCAUUAAGGAAGGUCGCCGCUUGUUUGACAACAUCCAGAAGUUUUUGCUUCAUCUCUUGAUAUCAAACAUCUCCCAGGUCAUUCUUCUCCUUAUUGGUCUCUCUUUCAAGGACAGAAGUGGCACCUCCAUAUUCCCUCUAUCUCCUUUGGAGAUUCUGUGGGUCAACCUUAUUACUUCCUCCUUCCUGGCUAUCGGUCUUGGUCUGGAGGAGGCUCAACCCGAUAUCCUCCUGCGUGCACCUCACAGUCUUCGCGUUGGCGUCUUCACUUGGGACUUGAUCCGCGACAAGAUGAUUUACGGUUUCUUUAUGGGCUCGCUCUGCUUGGCCGCGUUUACUUCCGUUGCGUACGGACCAGGCGCGGGCGAUCUCGGCAGCCACUGCAACGACGGCUGGAACGAAACCUGUGACGUCGUCUUCAGGGCCCGGUCCACCGUUUACGCCACCUUGAGCUUCCUGCUCUUGGUCACUGCCUGGGAGGUCAAGCACUUCCAGCGCAGCUUGUUCAACAUGAACCCUGAGUUGUGGACCGGCCCAACGGCUGUGUUCAAGACCAUCUUCAAGAACCGAUUCUUAUUCUGGGCCGUCGCCGGCGGCUUCAUCAUGACUUUCCCCGUCAUCUAUCUACCUGUCGUCAACCGCGCUGUCUUCAAGCACGGCAUGAUUACCUGGGAGUGGGGCAUUGUUGUUGCCUGCCUGGUCGUCUACAUUGCUCUCAUUGAAACCUGGAAGGCUGUAAAGCGUCACAUGGGUCUCGGCAUGAUUGCACGCAGUCCCGAAGGACAGGUCUAGUCCGCGCGCUAGAUUGACGAUGAUUCUGCUGCAAUGCAGAUGCCUCUGCGCAGGCUGUAGUCAGAUGAAUGGGGAGUUCCCUGGUAAUCGGCGCCUCGGUGCGGAGUAUUGGCGGGAUUGAUAUCGGAUCCAACAUCGGUAACGGAGAUUAGGCAGAAUGGGGCUAUUCAACAUGAGUCUGGCAGGCUUUCGGGCUUUGGUGAUACGUUUGCUUUCGUCACACUCUUUUAGUAUCUUUUCUAUCAGGCUUUGGCUGUUCAGAAUUUGCUCCGGCCCCAACUUGCCACACAAUAAAAUGAACUCGAUGUUUCGAGCUCAACCCACAGUAUAAAUGUUUCCUUGCGCACUAAUGUGCUGACGUGCAAAUGGACCCUUGAUUCUCUAUCUACUUUUCGACAGCACCUACUUCCCCCCUCUCCUGCUCAACCUUCUUCUUAUACUCAACCC